AUGAAGGAACCAGAUGAUCAGGAUACUGAUGGGGAGAAAUCAGAUAGAUCAAAGAGUGAUGGGAGGCAGUCUCAGAGGUCUUCUAAAUAUGAAUCAAGAUCUCCUAUGAAAGAAGAUACCACAGAUGAAACAUUUACUGAAGGAGAAGAAUCAUAUUUAGAGGAAGAAGACACAGAUAUGGAAGGUUUGGAAGGAAGUUCAAGUUCAUUUCAAGAUGAUGACUUGGAAAUCACUAGAUUAUCUCAGGAAACCCCUGCCCCAGCUGCAGAAAAAGCAGUGGAGGAAGUUAAGAAGAAAAUAUCAGAGAGCUUCUACUAUGAUUAUACGGAACUUGCUUCAAUGCCUUUUGUGACUCCAGAUUCGAAUAUACCACUGGAUCUUCUCACACUUGUGCAUUCUUUCGGUUAUGACUGCAGAAAGCGGGCCAACCUACAACUUCUGGACAGCAAUACCGCACUGUACAUAGCUGGGAACCAACUGAUCCUUCUGAAUUUGAAAACCAAGGAACAGACCUACCUGCAAAGUAGCAGUGGUGAAGGAAUUGGUGUCAUUGGGGUUCAUCCAUAUAAAACUCACUUCACAGUAGCUGAAAAAGGUAGUUGUCCAAAGAUUAUCGUCUAUGAAUAUCCUUCUCUGAGGCCCUACAGAAUCCUUCGAGAUGGGACUGAGAAGGCAUAUGCUUACGUGGACUUCAACAACAAUGGUAUCUUGUUGGCCUCUGUUGGUAGUAACCCUGAUUACACACUGACCAUCUGGAAUUGGAAAGAAGAGCAACCCAUACUGAGGACAAAAGCUUUUUCGCAGGAAGUUUUUAAGGUUACUUUCAAUCCUGAAGACGAAGAGCAGCUUACUACAUCGGGAUCAGGCCACAUCAAGUUCUGGGAAAUGGCUUUUACAUUCACUGGUCUCAAGCUGCAGGGAUCACUGGGACGAUUUGGCAAAACAGCCACUACUGAUAUAGAGGGCUACAUGGAGCUCCCGGAUGGGAAGGUGCUCUCAGGAUCGGAAUGGGGCAACAUGCUGCUCUGGGAAGGUGGUCUCAUCAAAGCGGAGCUCUGUCGAGCUGGGAACAAGUCUUGUCACCAUGGUGCCAUCAACCAGAUAAUGCUGGAUGAAGGUGAAGUUAUUACUGUUGGGUCAGAUGGAUGUGUUAGGAUAUGGGAUUUUGAGACAAUAGAUACUGCUGAUGUUAUAGAUGAGACUGGAUUGUUACAGAUCGAGCCUAUUAAUGAACUUCAAGUAGACAAGAAUGUCAAACUCUUUUCUAUGGUAAAAAUGAAUGAAACUGGAAGUAACUUUUGGUUGGCUCAGGAUGCCAAUGGAGCCAUAUGGAAGCUUGACCUUAGUUUUUCAAAUAUUACCCAGGAUCCAGAAUGCCUCUUCUCCUUCCAUUCUGGAGCUAUCCAAGAUUUAGCUGUUUCUCCUAUCACUUAUCUCAUGGCCACGACUGCCUUGGACUGCUCUGUUCGUAUUUAUGAUUUUGCUAGCAAAACUGCUUUGGCUCAGAUGAAAUUCAAACAAGGAGGUACUGCCCUUGCUUGGGUCCCCCGAAUGGUAAGCUACACUGGAGCACAAAUUAGUGUAGGAUUUGAAGAUGGAGUUGUUCGAAUUCUUGAAAUUUAUGAUCCAAAAGGGCUCACGAUUUUUGCAGGACGGAAGAAAAUUUUGGAUGCGGAUCUUCAAUUGAAACAUGUUUUCAAACCCCAUACUGCUUCUGUCACUGCUUUAGCUUAUGAACAUGAUGGGGAAAUUCUAGCCACAGGGAGUAAAGAUAGCACUGUAUUCUUCUUUGAAGUGGAAAAGGACUAUAAGCCAAUUGGUUAUAUUAAUACUCCUGGACCUGUUCGCCAGUUAACGUGGUCUGCAAUCUCUCAUCCUGAAAGCACUUUACUUAUUAUCUGUGAGAAUGGCUAUGUUCUUGAAGCUCCACUUCCCACCAUAAAGGAAGAGGAUGAUAACAAAGUAGUCUCCUAUGAAAUCAAAGACAUGUGCAUAAAAUGUUUCCAUUUCUCAAGUAUCAAAUCUCACAUUCUGAGAUUAAUAGAAAUUGAAAAGAGAGAGCAACAGAAGAAGUUGAAGGAGAAGGAAAGGGAGGAAAAGAGGAGGGCGCUAGCAGAAGAGAUGGGAGAAGAUGGAGAAAAAGAAUUCCAGGAGGAGGCAGUGGCGGAGGAAGAGGAGGAGCCAUUGCCGGCAAUCUUUAUUCCACCAACCCCCUCUCCCAUCCUCUGUGGGUUUUACUCUGAGCCAGGGAAGUUCUGGGUUUCUCUGGGUGGUUAUGAUUCUGGUUUUCUAUAUCACUGUGAAUUCCCCCCUUAUGACAAGAGUAGCAAUUUCAAAGAACAGAAAGAUGAACCUUUUGAUUUCCGUUUUCUUGAGGAUACAGAGAAUAAUCCUGUCCAAACUAUCACUUUCAGCAUUAACCAAACUAUGAUGUUUUGUGGAAUGAGAAAUGGAGCAAUUCGAGUCUAUCUCUUAAGCGAGAAUGAUCCCUCACUGACCACUUUGGAGGACUACUGGCACUUCAAUGUGCACGACAAUAAUUAUGGAUGUAUUAAAAGCAUCACUACUAGCUUUGAUGACCGUUUCCUGAUGACUGCUGGAACAGAUAGUAAUAUCUUUGUUUUCAAUAUUUUUUCUGAAUAUAUGUUAAGGAAAGACAUCAAGGCCAAAGUGCCAUCUCCCAGGUUUGGAAUGGAAACAGAGCCAAUUCCAGAAGAUAUUGAAGAUCCCAAAGCCUACAGUAUUGAGAAUGCCAGGAGAAAAAGAGAACAUGAAUUCCGUGAUCCAUUGGAAAGUGAUAGUGUUGUAGUUCAUGCCAUACAAAGUGACCACAAGAUAUCCUCCUAUAGGCUGGUGCAGCCCUCUAAGUACUCCAAAUUCAAAAGACCAAGUCAAUCAGAGAGAAGAUCAAGCAAAUUGGAGAGGUUUGAAAAAGAGGGAGUUGGAAGAAAGGAUAGCCAGAGAGAUACAGGUACCCUAAAUCGGUGGUCCCCAACCCAGGCUGCAGACCAAUACAAGAGUAAACCUGAUGAUGACUUUGAAGAUCCCAAAGAUCUUCAAGCCAUCAAAGAAGCCCAGGUGUACAUGGGAGACUUCAAUCUGAAGACAGCACCAGACUACAAGAUACCUGAGCACAUGAGAAUAAAUGCUGCCAAGAAGGAAGAGGAACUAGGACACCUAGACACUUUGGUCCAUGGAAAGAAACGUCACAUGAACAAGUGCAUCCUCUCUCUUCGAGACCUUAAAGUGGCUGUUAUCGAGGAAAUUCAGUGCCUGGUACAAGAACUGAAGAGCAUUCAGUCAACUCUUCACAGUUCCAAGCACAUCCCCAUUCCCCAAAUCCCUCAGAUACACCCAGACGAAGUUCCAGAGAAGAGAUUUCAGUAUAAUGAGGAAACUCUCCUAAAUUUUAAGCAAGAGCAGAUGAAAAAGGAGGAUGAAAAGUCCCCCCAAGUGGAACAGUCAGGAUCUGGAGGCUCAGGUGGAGGAUUUCUCAAACUUUCUUCUGGAAAGGAUGGGGAUUUGACGACACGAGACUCAUUAUCUAGAUCAUCAAAACCAUCGGGGUUCAGUCUGGAUAUUCCAAAGUUUCUGGAAUUUGAAAAAGCAGAGACAACUGAUGUGGAGCUGGAGAUUAUGAGGAGGGAUGAGAUUAAACACGUGUACAUGCAACAGUAUUUGGUCAACAGGAUCAAAGAACUGAUUGUCACUUUUGAUGCAGAACUCCGUGUCCUGAGACAUCAGAAGCUGAAACUAGAUAUUCAGAUGAAAUUAUCUGACCUGCACCAUAUUACGUUAUUUCAAGAAAUGCUUCUCCUCAAGAAUUUUGAAAAACAGGAGAACAUACUUCAAGAGCGUGUUAAUUCCUUAGACAAAGAGGAAGAGUUCAUGCAAUGGAAAAUAAAUGAAACUCUUAAAGAGAUGGAAGAGAAAAAGAAUGAAAUCAGCAAGCUCCAGGACCAAGAAAAGGCACUCUAUGCUGGUUUUCAAGCAGCGAUUGGAGAAAACAAUAAAUUUGCUAACUUCCUCAUGAAGGUCCUAAAGAAGAAGAUUAAGCGGGUAAAGAAAAAGGAGGUUGAAAGAGAUGCCGAUGAAGAUGAGGAGAGCGAGGAAUCGAGCGAAGAAGAAUCCAGCCUGGAGAGUGACGAGGAUGAGUCUGGAUCCGAAGAUGACGUUUUUGAUGAUUCUAUCUGCCCAACAAAUUGUGAUGUCGGUCUUUUUGAAAUGGCCCUUCAACUUCGAGAGAAAAGGCUGGACAUUGAGGAGGCCUUAGUUGAAGAAAAGAAAAUUGUUGAUAACCUCAAAAAGGAAUAUGAUACAUUGUCCAAAAAAGUAAAAAUCGUGGCAAUUAAUCUGAAUGCAGCCGAGGAAGCCCUGGAAGCUUAUCAGCGAGAGAAGCAGCAGCAGCUGAAUGAACUGCUGGUUGUGAUACCGUUCAAGCUCCACCAGAUAGAGCAUGUGGUACUUGGAGAAAUACCUAGUGAUCUUUCUGGUACUUUGGUCUUCUCUAACCAGUCCUUGGGACGGCUGCAAGAACGAAUCGUCCAGCUCCACGAGGAAAAUUCCAAGCAACAAAAACUUAACAAAGAAUGGCGGGAGAGACGUAAACAGCUCGCUCGAGAAAAGAGGGAGAUGGCAAAAACUAUCAAUAAAAUGGAAGAAACAGUCCGUCAACUAAUGGUGAGCAAGUUUGGCCGAGUGAUAGACCUAGAAGCUCUUCAGACGCUUUCUGUUAAUACAACGCUUGAAGAACUGAAGAUCAGAAAACUUCGAAAGGAGCUAUCGAAUGCAAAGGAAAUGAAGAUGUGGGAGGAAAAGAUUGCUCAAGUGCGAUGGGAACUAAUGAUGAAGACAAAAGAACACACCAAAAAGCUUCAUCAGAUGAAUGAUUUAUGUAUCGAAAAGAAGAAACUUGAUUCUCGGUUGAACACACUACAGAACCAGCAGGGCAAUGUCUUCCAGGGCCUUCGGAAAGCAGAUAUCUUGGCAAAGGAGAAGGUCACUGAAUUGAUCCAAACCCAGGCAGAAAGGAUUUCAGCCUUAAAGGAGGAGAUUGCUCUUCUGCGUAAGAAAGGUGGCCUUAUCCUCCCACCCAUUCGUCCCUCACAAGGGAAUGAGAUGGGGCCCACGGACCUUUGA